ACACAAGUACUGUGAAUCUUGUGGCCUCGUUCUAAACAAAAGAGAUUAGAGAAGAAAAAUCUCUUGAUAUAAAGCUUGAAGGCAAGGGCAGGCAAUCUUGGUUGUGAAUAUUUUCUGAUUUUUCCAGAAAUCAAGCAGAAGAUUGAGCUGCUGAUGUCAGUUAACUCUGAGAAGUCGUCCUCUUCAGAAAGGCCAGAGCCUCAACAGAAAGCUCCCUUAGUUCCUCCUCCACCACCACCGCCACCGCCACCACCGCUGCCAGACCCCACUCCCCCAGAGCCGGAGGAGGAGAUCCUGGGCUCCGAUGAUGAAGAGCAAGAGGACCCUGCGGACUACUGCAAAGGUGGCUAUCAUCCAGUAAAGAUUGGAGACCUCUUCAAUGGCCGAUACCAUGUUAUUAGGAAGCUAGGAUGGGGACACUUCUCCACAGUCUGGCUAUGCUGGGAUAUGCAGGGAAAAAGAUUUGUUGCAAUGAAAGUUGUAAAAAGUGCCCAGCAUUAUACAGAGACGGCCUUGGAUGAAAUAAAAUUGCUCAAAUGUGUUCGAGAAAGUGAUCCCAGUGACCCAAAUAAAGACAUGGUGGUUCAACUAAUUGAUGACUUCAAGAUUUCAGGCAUGAACGGCAUACAUGUCUGCAUGGUAUUUGAAGUGCUUGGUCAUCAUCUCCUCAAGGGGAUCAUCAAGUCCAACUACCAAGGUCUCCCAGUUCGUUGUGUAAAGAGUAUCAUUCGUCAGGUCCUUCAAGGUUUAGAUUAUCUCCAUAGUAAAUGCAAGAUUAUCCAUACUGACAUAAAGCCGGAGAACAUCUUGAUGUGUGUGGACGAUGCCUAUGUGAGAAGAAUGGCUGCCGAGGCCACUGAGUGGCAGAAAGCAGGUGCUCCUCCUCCUUCUGGGUCUGCAGUGAGUACAGCUCCACAACAAAAGCCUAUAGGAAAAAUAUCUAAAAACAAAAAGAAAAAACUGAAAAAGAAGCAGAAGAGGCAGGCUGAGUUAUUGGAAAAACGCCUGCAGGAAAUAGAAGAAUUGGAGCGAGAGGCGGAGAGGAAGAUAAUAGAAGAAAACAUCACCUCAGCUGUACCUUCCAAUGAGCAGGAUGAUGAUUACCACCCAGAGGUGAAGCUAAAAACAGCCGGGUUAGAGGAGGCAGCCGAGGGAGAGGCCGAGAAUGACAAUGGUGAUGCUGAGAACCAAGAAGAGAAGGAAGAUGCUGAGAAAGAAAACAUUGAGAAGGACGAAGAUGAUGUUGAGCAGGAACUUGCGAACAUAGACCCUACAUGGAUAGAGUCACCCAAAACCAAUGGUCAUAUUGAGAAUGGCCCCUUCUUACUGGAACAGCAGCUGGAUGAUGAAGAGGACGAUGAAGAAGAGUGCCCAAACCCUGAGGAAUACAACCUUGAUGAGCCAAACGCAGAAAGCGAUUACACGUAUAGCAGCUCCUAUGAACAAUUCAAUGGUGAAUUGCCAAAUGGACGACAUAAAAUUGCCGAGUCACAGCUUCCAGAGUUUUCCACGUCACUGUUCUCGGGGCCCUUAGAACCCGUGGCCUGUGGCUCUGCACUUUCUGAGGGAUCCCCACUAACCGAGCAAGAGGAAAGCAGCCCAUCCCUUGACAGAAGCAGGACAGUUUCGGCCUCCAGUACUGGGGAUUUGCCAAAAACAAAAACUCGGGCAGCUGACUUGUUGGUGAAUCCCCUGGAUCCACGGAACGCAGAUAAAAUUAGAGUUAAAAUUGCCGACCUGGGAAAUGCUUGUUGGGUGCAUAAACAUUUCACUGAAGACAUCCAGACACGUCAGUAUAGAUCCAUAGAGGUUUUAAUAGGAGCGGGUUACAGUACUCCUGCUGACAUUUGGAGUACGGCUUGUAUGGCAUUUGAGCUGGCCACAGGGGACUAUCUGUUUGAGCCGCAUUCUGGGGAAGAUUAUUCCAGGGAUGAAGACCACAUAGCCCACAUCAUAGAGCUGCUAGGCAGUAUCCCAAGGCACUUUGCUCUAUCUGGAAAAUAUUCUCGGGAAUUCUUCAAUCGCAGAGGAGAACUACGGCACAUCACCAAGCUGAAGCCCUGGAGCCUCUUUGAUGUACUUGUGGAGAAGUAUGGAUGGCCCCAUGAAGACGCUGCACAGUUUACUGAUUUCCUGAUCUCAAUGCUAGAAAUGGUUCCAGAGAAACGAGCCUCAGCCGGCGAAUGCCUUCGGCAUCCUUGGUUGAAUUCUUAGCAGAUUCUCCAAAUACAGAAUUCUGAGCUAGCAAGUGUUUUCCAGCACAUUGGACCUAAACGAUGACUCUCAUUCUUUAACAGGAUUACAAGUGAGCUGGCUUCAUCCUCAGACCUUUAUUUUGCUUUGAGGUACUGUUGUUUGACAUUUUGCUUUUUUGUGCACUGUGAUCCUGGGAAAGGUAGUCUUUCGUCUUUGGCUAAGUAGUUUACUGACCCACUUUCUUCUGGAAACAAUAACAUGUCUCUAAGAAUUGUUUCUUGUGUUGUGUGACAUUCAACUGUUUUUUGUUUUGGUUUGGUUUUUUUUUUUGAACGAAAAAUACUUUUCCUCUUUGUGUUUUGACAGGUUUUGUAACUAUUUAUGAAGAACUAUUUUAGCUGAGUACUAUAUAAUUUACAAUCUUAAGAAAUUAUCAAGUUGGAAUUAAGGAAUAGCAAGGAAAUGUACUAUUUUAUCUUCUGGCAAAGGGACAUUCAUUCCUGUAUUAUAGUGUAUGUAAAUGCACCCUGUAAAUGUUCAUUUCCAUUAAAUAUGGAAUUGGGGACUCAAACUUCAGGAAAGCUACCAAGUCGUGAGUGCUUUGUAGCCCAAGUUGCAUGUAGCCGACUUUUAACUACUCCAAGGAGCUGUGUUGACUUUUCAUUCCAUAACAGAACUUUUACAUUGGAUUUUAAACAGUGUGUCUCUGGUUUACAAGAUUUCAUUACCUACGUGGCACUUUAAAGGAAGAAAAAGACAUGCUUCUCCUUCUGAAAUACGCAUUAUAAUUUAGCACUCCCAUUUGUAUUUUUACAUAUUUUUCAAAGAACUUUUAAAAAAAAAAGGAAAAAAAUUCCCUUAAAAAAUGACAACCCAGUACCAUGUGGUGUUGCCUCCUCCAAACACUGUCAAGCAGCUACACGUAGAUUAAAUUGGCAGUAGAAACAUGU